GUUUUGCGCAUGCGCAUUUUAUUAAAUUCCUUGUGACCGUUAUCAACUGUUUUAUUCGAUUUGCUUGGAUAUUUUCUUAUAUAUUCAAGAUAAAACAUCAUGAACGCAAGCCCUCUGUUUCUCUACAGAAUUUAUCAGCUGCUUGCCUUUGUGCUUGUGAUUCAUAAAGUGUCUGGGCAGAUCACCACAGUUGAAGCGGCUAUAGGAGACUCUGUGAUCUUAUCGUGUUCAGCCAGUCGCUAUGAAACGGACGUGUUCUGGCGAUAUGAUAACACCAAGACGGUGUACGACAUCAUCAACGGUAAAGAGAAUUUUCAUGACCAGGAUUCAGCGUACAGCGGCAGAGUUGAAGGUUUUCAAUCGGAGUUCACAAAAGGGAAUUACUCCAUCAGAUUAAGUGACGUGAAACACACUGAUGCAGGAAUUUACAGCUGCCAGAUCCCUGGCUCCAGGACUCUCCAAGUAGAACUGAAGGUUCAAGCAGAAAGAAAGGACAGCUCCAAAUCGACGUCUGAAUCAGGAAACAGUGGUGUCGUGACAAGACCAGCGCAACCACAAGGCAUGAUGGUAUAUAUUGCUUGGUUAGUGACCAUCGGUUGUAUACUACUUCUCACGAUGCAUUAUGGGAUACUAUGAGCCCACUUAUAUAGGGUGUAAUAAUUCUCACUAUUCAUUCGGACAGUAUUACAAAAUGGCAAACUCACUACAUAGUGAGUGAUUUCGGAUACAGGGUUAGUGUCACCAAAGAUAAAUUGAUUUUAGAGCACUUAUUAAUCAAUAAUACAGUGGUUUACAGAUUAGAUAUACAUCCAGUCAUGUAAUGACAAAAUAUUUAAAGAAGUGAUUAAUAUCAAUUUAUUUAUUUCCGAUUUUGUUUGGUUCGUAUUUUUAUAUUUCAGUGCCCAGUCUACCAGUGUUUGUCUCAGGUAUGCAGUGUUAUUUUGGAAAAAAAAAUGUAUAUAAAUAAUCCCAUUGAAGUCCAUCCUUAACUGGGAUUAAUAAUACAGGAAUUGCAAUCUUUUAGUUCUCAGCUUUUCUUCCAAAAGGCUUUGAGGGUAAACAAGAAAAGUUUUUCAAAGCGCUGGCGUAACUUUGCACUAUUUACAAUAAUGUCAAACACGUGAUUGUUGUGCUUUAAUGAAGAAACGAGUGUAUUUUUCCGUUUUCUGAUUUUGUGAACAGAUGAAAGUUUAAGCUGCCUUUUUUUUUUUUAAACUGUAUGUACAAUUGAAAACAUUUGCAUUGAGCCAUCUUCACACAUUGAUCUCACUUUCAUGCAGGCUUCGACUGAUCUCCUAAAUGAGCAUAUUCUCCCUGUAAACCCUUUAUAUUUACACCUUUUUCGAACAGGAUGUAAUCUGGAUGUGGUAGAUGAUCACAUGCCUUGUCACUCUCUUACUUCUACUUUCAAGGAAAUUCAUAUUUAGUAGUUGGAGAGUUAUUUACAGUAACACGGCUUUAACCAUAUUAUUCCCAAUAAAAAUAAUUUAAUGUGUGUCAAAUUAUUCUACAAAAAAUAUCAAUCCAUCACAAUUACUGUUGAGGUUGAAAAAAAAACAAACACUAUAGUUCAGUUUGAAGUUCAAAAACUGCAUUCGUGAUUGUUAGGAACAUCAAUUAAUAAAUGAGUAUAUUCAAUGAUCCAACAUGAACAAUGUUCAAGUCAGUCAAAAGAGAUUUUUGAAGUGUAUACUGUGGUAAAUGAGCAAUGCAUUUCCUUCUUGCAGUAUCUGCUUUUAACUUCAUUUUUCAGAAGAAAACAAGGUUAAAUGCCUUCUAACCCAAUACAAAGUCCAACAAGUUCAACUAUUUGAUUUGAGGACACUUCUACAAUAUUGUUUAAAACAAUAUAGAAAUACACUUCUGAUUUUUUUUACCUUAUAAAAUAGAGAACCUUCACUAACCUCUAUGCUGUAUACUCAGAGCUGUGAUAAGGAGAUAUCUGUGAGUGUUUGGUUUCUAAUAACAGAAGAUUAUCUUGUUGGAUUAUCAAUGGAGAACUUACUGGUUUGUUGCUCAUUGUUCAUCUAUUGGUGCACGCAGGACUUAAGUUUCUUUCACACUGUUUGUAAACUCUGAGGUUUUUUUCAAAGCUUGUAGAACCACGUCCUGUUUUGUCUUUGAAGCACAGCAUUGGUUUCCUGCAUCUCGUACAGGAGGGGUGUGUGUGUGUGUGUUGCCUGUACACGUUUUCUCAUGCACAACUACUUAUCUUUAGAAACUUGUGGCCCAAAAACCAUCGCUAGACACUCUAUAAGCCAUGGAAAAUGACAAUACUCUGAGAUAGUCUUAUGAUUCAUUGUACUUAAAUGUACAUGUUGUAUGUUUAUUUAGCUGAACUCUUAGCCUUAUUACUCAUAUGUAAUAAAAUUUAUGUCCAAAAUAUAAAA